UACACCCUGCACAUAAAUAAUUAAAAUUGUGCACAAAUUUUAGUCGUUUAAGGAAAAGUGUUAAAAAAACAUCGGGUUUAGUAUUAAAAAAAAACGGAAACAAUUGUAUAUACUAUGCAUUAAUAUAUGCACAUUGUAUAUAAUACAUUAUACGCAAUUAAAAAGUAAAUAAAGUGUCUAAAUUAAGCAAAAACUAUUAUUGUACUAAAGCUAAAAUUAUGAAAUAAUUAAUUAAAUCAAAUGAAAUGAAACUGAAGCAGAGAUUUGUGAAUACAAAUGUAAAUUAAGCAGAAAAUUAAACAAUAACAAAACAAAUAUUUACAACAACUACUGUGCAAAAAAACAUAAAUUAACCAGUUAAUGAAUAAUUAAGUGUGUUGUGUUUUUUUAAUCUUUUUGGUUUUUUUUACAAAUGCUAAACAAUUGUUUAUAACUUGAAAUUGUUUAGACAUAAAAAGAAAAAAAAAAUCGAAAACGAAAAUAAGAAAUUUGUAUUAAAAAAUUACUAAUCAUUAAAGAAAACAAGAUAAAUAAAAUCGAUUGUUCAACAGGAGUUAGUGUGUUUGUCAAUAGUUCGUGCUGAAAGUGCUUGCAAGUGCAAAUGUUGUGUAAAUUAAUUGGAAUAACAAGUGCAUCAUAACAAAACACCCAACACAACCUUAAGAGUCUGUCAUCAGUCAUCAAUAACCCAAGGUGGUAAGGGUGAGAGGCAAGACGGCUACAGCGAGCUAUAUAACUAUUGUUAAUCAAUUAAAAGUGAUAUCAUGCCCACAGCCCAGUAUCGUCCUUUAGAUACUGGUCAUGGCAGACCAGCACAAAGUUCCGUAUUACGUGGUGCUCACGGCAGCAAACUACGAGCACUAUGUCCCAAAACAGCCAAUAGCCGGCGUAUUUUUGUUUGUGUCCUGCUGCUGAUGAUGCUGCUGGUCUAUGUAGUCUGGUGUGCAGUGGCCAAUUAUACGGAUGAUGGUAGAGCCGAUACAUAUACUACCUCAGGUAAAUUACAACAACCACACAGUACAACCGCCAGAAGCCAGGGUUGGAAUUUAGUUGCAGUGGCCGCUCCUUUAAUGCUAAAUCAAUUAAAGACCCAACAAAAUAGUAGUGCUGUAGUAGAAGCUAAUGUUGUUAAUGUUGCUAAUAACCUGCUUUAUUUUAAUUCCUCAAUAAUUGGAUUAGGUUUGAGCACCCUAUCACCAGCACCAGCCGGCAAUAAUGGCAGUGCACGUGAUAUGCAACGCUUGCCAAAUCUAUUUGAUAGUAAACAAACCACAGAAUUACCCUCCAUACCCUGCACUGAAUCUUUCGCCGAUACACGUGUUUAUAUACAGGAUAAACCACGUCAAGAAUGGGAUAAUUUAACAAUGAUAUAUUUUGUUACACCCACUUAUCCUAGACGGGAACAAGUGCCAGAAUUAACCAGAUUGGCUUAUACCCUACUGCAUGUACCACGUAUACACUGGAUAGUGGCUAAUGAUUAUAAUGCCUGCAAUCCUUAUUUGGAUAUUUUACUAAAUAAAUUUGGCAUACCCUUUACCCAUUUAUCUAGUCCCAUGCCUGAACGUUUUCGUAAUGUUAAAUCCAAACCUAGAGGCGUUUCAAAUAGACGAGCCGCCAUGCAGUGGCUGCGUCAACGUAAUAUAACUACGGGAGUUUUAUAUUUUGGUGAUGAUGACAAUACUUAUGAUCUCAAGUUAUUUAGCGAGAUACGUGAGACCAAAAUUGUUUCCAUGUUUCCCGUGGGUUUAAUAGCCAGUUAUGGUAUAAGUGGUCCGGUUGUAAGGAAGGGCAAAGUUGUCGGUUUCUUAGACUCCUGGGUAGCUGGACGACGUUGGCCCGUUGAUAUGGCCGGAUUUGCUGUAAGUUUAGCCUAUAUGGCAGAAUAUCCCAACGCCAGCAUGCCCUUUAAACCAGGCUACGAAGAAGACUACUUUUUGCGUAGUGUAGCUCUGACUUUAGAUAAAAUUGAACCCAAAGGCAAUAAUUGCACCGAAAUUUUAGUAUGGCAUACACAAACUAAAAAUCAUCCACGUGAAGCCGUAAAAAUAAGUCAAGAAUAUUUAGAUAAUCGUUCAAAUUUGGGUGCAUUAUUUAAGGCGCUAAAUGAAAUGGGUGUUUCGGAGGCUUGUGAAGAAGAGGGUAAUAAGGCCAUUAUCAGCAGUAACGGCAAGGCUAAAGCUUUAAGUUAUUAUCUUAGCUGAGAUACAAUGCCAUUUCAAGAUUUUUUUCAAAAAAUAUUUUCAGUUUGAAUUUAAUUAUUUUGUUAAAAUUUUUUGUUAUUUUUCUUUACUUUACUUUAUUUUGCCAAAAAAGCACAAUUCUAAGGUCAAGGCGUGAAUUAAAGUAAAGUUUUGAAAAUUUGAGUAAAAAUAUCUAACUAGAGUUAGUUAGAUAUUUAGCCCUAUAAAAUACUCUUUGUGUAAUUUGUCUUCGCAUAUACGAGUACAUCCUUAAGGAUGAAAAUAUAAACCAGCCAUUAUAAAUCUAUUCAUGACAUUUAUACAGAUGUAUGGUUAUUUGUUUAAUUUUGAAAUUAUCAGUUCAUAUUUUCUGACUAAUACCUACAACAAAACUAUUAUUUAGUUUUUUUUUUUAAUUUUGUAAUUAAUUUAGUUUUAAAUUAACUUAUUGCUUUCUUCUACUAUUUAUUUAAAUUAUUUGCUUUUUGUUUGUGAUAAUAUUUAGGUCUCGCUUUUUGUAAAUUAACUUAAUAUUUAAUAAUAUUUUUAAUUAAUUUGUUUAAGCAGUGGGUAUUUAACUUUAAAACAAAGUAAAUUAAUUACUACACAACUGGUACAAUCAAUCAAACAACACUUGGCAAGAAAACAACAAAAACAAAUUAAUUUUGUUUCUAAUGAAACAUUUCGAAAAGUUUAGUUGAUAAAAUAUUAAAUAGUUUAUAAUACAUUUACAUUAAUUACAAAUAUAAGUAAUAGUAAUUUCCUUAUUUUGUUUUUGGUUUUUCCAUGGUUGUGUUUGCCAACAUAUAUUUAAUAAUUGUGCGUGAAUGUGUCAUCUUAAGUCAUUUGUUGCUAUGCAAUAUUUUAUAAACUAUUAAGAAAAAUUAAUUUAUUUUUUUGCCUUAAAAAUUAUAAGAAAAAUUAAGAUAAAACGAAUAAAUAAUAAUUAUGCUAUAAAACUGUAAGUCAUCAAAACUAAUAACUUAAAGAAUAAGAAAAAGAAAACAAAUCAAAUCUUUAAAUAAACAAAUAAUUUAAAAGAAAAUUUAAAAUUAAUAAAGUAAAAGCACAUAAUAAUGUUGCAACGAGUA